AUGCUAGCCUUCCCGUUUUCCUUUGCACUGUCUUCUCUCAAGCUCCAAGCCGAUAGCCCAGGAGAGGUUCCGUUCGACAAGUUCGAGGAGGCGGUGUUUGCGUUUGUAGCGGGGAAGGUGUAUACUCCACCGGACCAGGAUCUUCUCCUGGCGGCGUUCACCCUUCUCGAUCCUGCUCGUACUGGAUCUGUGAGCGUCGAGGCCCUUCGUGAGUUCCUAGGAGGACCGCCAGACGGACUUUCCAGCGAGAUGGAUGAUUUCAUUGACUACGCGAUGGCCGAAGGGCUCAUUUCUGAUGAGUAA